UGGGGCACAGGGAGUGUGUGUUGGGUCUGAGCAUUAAACAGAAUAUCUUCAGUACUCAGGACUGACUUCUGGAAAGAGGUAUUACCUGAGGAAGAGGAAAGAAAAGGAGCCAGGGAUGGCAGCUGUGACUCAGUUGACAUUCGGGGACGUGGCCGUGGAUUUCACUCAGGAGGAGUGGUGGUGCCUGACCCCGGCUCAGCGGGCUCUGUACAGGGAAGUCAUGCUGGAGAACUACAGGAACCUGCUCUCCGUGGGAGUCUCCCCUUCCAGUGUGAGUUUGACUUCCCUGUUGAAGCUCAGGGAAGAGCCGUGGCUGGCACAGAAAGACAUGAAAACUCCAGGAGAGCUGAAAGGCUGGGAAGAUGCCAAAGGUGUGAGCGGAGAGGGAAUCACUUGUUCAUUUAAACAUGGGAAGGCUUUCUCCAGACAUCCUGAUCUUUUGGUUCAUGAGCAAAGUCAUAGCAGUGAGAAGCCCCACCGCUGUGCUGUGUGCGGGAAGGAAUUCAGACAAGUGUUGGACCUCAAGUGGCACCACCGGGAGACACAUCCUGGGGAGAAGCCAUACCGAUGUGAUCAGUGCGGCAAGGCCUUCGUUGUGCUCCAGAGCCUCACCAAGCACCAGGCUCUGCACUCUGGCCACAAGCCGUACAAAUGUGAAAAGUGUGGCAAGGCCUUCCGCCAUAAAGCCAACCUCACCACACACGAGGCUGCACACACUGGCAUCAAGCCACACAAGUGCACCAAAUGUGGGAAGGCUUUCACCUAUGCUUCUAGCCUCUUCCGCCAUGGCAUGAUGCACACUGGAAUGAUGCGCUUUAAGUGUGUGUGUGGCAAGACCUUCAGCUCAAGUGCAGGUCUUGAAGCACACCAGGCAGUGCACGCUGGCUGCACACAACAUAAGUGUGUGGAUUGUGGAAAGAUGUUCAGCUUUGCUUGCACCCUGGCCAUACACCGCAGGACACACCCCAGGGAAAGGCCGUACAGCUGUGCCCUAUGUGGGAAGGCAUUCGCCCAGAAAAAUGUCCUGGCACGCCACCACAGGACGCACACUGGGGAGAGGCCCUAUGCAUGCGGUGACUGCGGGAAAGCUUUUAAAUCCUGCUCAGAACUCUGCGCCCACCGUACCAUCCACACAGGAGUUAAGCCGUAUCGGUGCCCAGAUUGUGGGAAGGCAUUUACACGGAAGACUGCACUUGUGCGCCACCAACAGACACACGAUGGGGGACCUCCCUAUGUGUGUGAUAUAUGCGGCCUGGUGUGCCGCCGUCGUUCCAACCUCACAUGCCAUCGCAGGCUUCACGACCGGCAAAAGUAGCGCCAGUGAGGG